UUUUGCGCUGAAUUUCUUCCCCGGAUGUCCCAUCGCCAUAGCUUCAUUCGCACCCCGGAACAGAUCGGCUGAAUUCAGCAUCUACGUGCAGCCGGGAAAUUCACAGUUCGGUAUUUUCUGCCAAGAAUUCCAGCACAUACAUCAUGUCCGACGUCGAGGAAUCUUCGGUUUCCAGCGCUCAAAACAUAGCGCCAGCUCUGCCUGAAUCCAACAAAAGAAAACGGGACGAGACCGUUGAGGCCGCUGUAGAGGAAAAGACUUCAAAACGGUCCAAGAAGAGAAAGAAUAAAAAGGCAACAUCUGAGGGUUUUGCGGACGCGGACCUGGACACCGAGAAUGGGGUCAAUGCGGCAUUAGGGAAAAUGGACGGUUCUCUGUUGGCGGAUUACGUUGCGCAAAGGACGAAACGCUUCGAAGGGGAAUUGAGCCUAGUGGAGCUCGAGGACAGGCGCCUUCCAGAGAAGGCAAUACGCGAUACGACGUCGUGGGAGAAGCCACGAACGACGGCAACCCUUCCCGACUUUUUAGAACAUUAUGCCGCGCAAUUUGGUCGCAUCAAGCCCCUUUCCAAAGCUCCCAAAGAAAAGGGUAGCCCUCAUACUCUUGUCGUCACCGGCGCUGGUCUGCGCGCUGCCGACUUGACGAGGGUUUUACGAAAGUUUCAGACAAAGGAAGCCACAAUUGGGAAGCUCUUUGCCAAACAUAUUAAGCUCAAGGAAGCUGUCAAGUUUGUAAAGCAGGCAAGAAUCGGCAUUGCUGUAGGCACUCCGGCACGAUUAAUAGAUCUUAUCGAUGAAGGCGCUCUUUCCAUGGACAAGCUAGAAAGGAUUGUGAUUGAUUCCUCUCACAUUGAUCAAAAGAAGAGAGGCAUUUUGGACAUGAAGGAUACUCAGAUUCCUCUGCUGAAAUUUUUGAAUCGGCCGGAAGUCAAAAGCAGAUACGGGGCUACAGAAGGUGGUGUAGAAUUGUUGUUUUACUAAAACCGCCAGUGCUAUCCUCCCUCGCUCGCUCGCUCGCUCUCUCUCUCUCUCUCUCUCUCUGUCUGUCUGUCUGUGUGGAUGGCGAAGCUAUUCAAUGCAGACUAUGAUUCCAUAUUAUUCUCGAGCGCUACAUAGGACUCAAGGUCUAUACCCACAGUAAAGCAUUAUCAAAUAGU